GCUUGGCGAAAAGGAAAUCUCUUUAUAUAUCAUUCCUAGGUUGUUCAACUCAUUUUCCUUUAUCUAGGGCUCGAGAUUACUGCGUCGAUCCACAAUUUGUGUUUCUCCGUCGAUUUAUUGGGAAUCAUAGUGUUCGAUUUUCUACUGGCUUCGUUUGAUUCAAGUAUUUUGUUCGAGCGCUGCUCAGUUCUAGGGUUUUAGCAUCUAGCAUUACACAUGGCACCUGCGGAACCCAACAGCGGCGGCAGCGCCAGUGCCGGAGCCACCAAAGAGCAGCCGCCGGUCAAGGCGCCGGCAAAGGACUCCAAGAAGAAGGAUGAGAAGAAGGACGAAGAUCUCUCGGAGGAGGACUUGGCAUUGAAGGAACAAUUGGAGUUGUACGUAGAGAGAGUACAAGACACAGAUCCUGGAUUGCAGAAAGUUGCGCUAGAGAGCAUGCGGCAAGAAAUUCGUACUGCAACCAGUUCUAUGACUUCAGUGCCCAAGCCACUGAAGUUCUUACGUCCUCAUUAUGGAACUCUACAGGCACACUAUGAGAAAAUGUCAGAUUCAGAUUUGAAGAAAUUGCUUGCAGAUAUACUCUCUGUUUUGGCUCUGACAAUGUCCCCUGAAGGAAAAUGUGAGAGCUUGAAAUACAGGUUACUUGGUUCUGAUGGUGAUAUUGGUUCUUGGGGACAUGAGUAUGUCAGGAACUUGGCUGGGGAAAUUUCUCAAGAGUAUUCAAAACGGCAGAGCGAAGAUGCCCCAAUAGAUGAUCUGAUGGACCUGGUGGUGCAAAUUGUUGCGUUCCAUAUGAAGCAUAAUGCUGAGCCUGAGGCAGUCGAUCUUCUUAUGGAGGUUGAAGACCUUGAUCUGCUAGUGGAGCAUGUUGAUAGUGCAAACAAUAAACGGACAUGCCUGUAUCUUACUAGUUCAGCAAAAUACCUUCCUGGACCGGAUGACAUGUUAGUUUUGGAUAUUGCACAUUCUAUCUAUAUGAAAUUUGAAGAGUAUCCAAGAGCAUUGCAGAUCGCGUUGUAUCUUGAUAACUUGCAGUAUGUAAAAGAACUUUUCCAGCGAUGUAAAGAUCCUCUCAAAAGGCGGCAGUUUUGCUUCAUCCUGGCACGCCAUGGUGUUUCUUUUGAACUUGAUGAAAGCAUUAUUGCAGAAGAUGAAGAGAGGGAGGCUCUACAAGAGCUCAUCAACAAUACUAAGUUGAAUGAGGGUUAUCUAACACUUGCUCGUGAUAUUGAAGUCAUGGAGCCCAAAUCUCCUGAGGAUAUAUACAAAGCACAUCUAAUUGAAGGCCGUGGUAGCGGUGGGGGAACUGUUGAUUCUGCCAGGCAGAAUUUGGCAGCAACAUUCGUAAAUGCAUUUGUAAAUGCUGGUUUUGGUCAGGAUAAGUUGAUGACAGUCCCGUCUGAAGCUUCUAGUGGUGGCUCUUCAUCAAGCUGGCUCUUCAAAAAUAAGGAACAUGGGAAGGCCAGUGCUGCAGCAAGUUUGGGCAUGAUUUUGCUUUGGGAUGUUGAUUCUGGACUUGCACAACUGGACAAGUAUUUUCACAGUACUGACACUCAUGUCAUAUCAGGCGCAUUACUGGGAGUCGGGAUUGUAAACUGUAACGUCCAGAAUGAUUGUGAUCCUGCAUUGGCUCUACUGGCAGAGUAUGUGGACAAAGAAGAUGCUUCAAUUAAAAUAGGAGCAAUAAUGGGUCUAGGUCUUGCAUAUGCAGGUUCUCAGAAUGAGCAAGUACGCAGCAUAUUAAUGCCCCUCCUCCUAGAUGGAAGAUCAUCUGUUGAUGUUAUUGCAUUUGCUGCUAUCGCUUUGGGCCUUGUAUAUGUGGGUUCUUGUAAUGAAGAUGUCGCCCAGAACAUUGUACUUGCAUUGAUGGAACGAAGUGAGUCGGAAUUGGGGGAUCCCUUAGCUCGUUUCUUGCCUUUGGGCCUUGGUCUGCUUUUCUUAGGGAAGCAGGAAAGUGUUGAAGCUACAGCUGAGGUUUCAAGGACUUUUAAUGAAAAAAUUAGGAAACAUUGCGACAUGACCCUGCUAUCUUGUGCAUAUGCAGGAACUGGAAAUGUUCUAAAGGUGCAACACUUCCUUGGUCAGUGUGCACAACAUCUUGAGAAGGGUGAAUCCUACCAGGGACCAGCUGUUCUCGGAAUUGCUAUGGUAGCAAUGGCUGAAGAACUUGGGCUUGAGAUGGCCAUUCGUUCACUGGAGCAUCUUUUGCAGUAUGGGGAGCAGAAUAUUAGAAGGGCUGUCCCAUUGGCUCUUGGUCUCCUUUGUAUAUCCAAUCCUAAGGUUAAUGUCAUGGACACAUUAAGCAGGCUCAGUCAUGAUACAGACUCAGAAGUCGCAAUGGCUGCCAUGAUUUCUUUGGGUUUGAUUGGUGCUGGAACCAACAAUGCUAGAAUAGCUGGAAUGCUUCGCAAUCUGUCAAGCUAUUAUUAUAAAGAUGCUAGCCUCCUUUUUUGUGUGCGCAUUGCUCAAGGUCUAGUUCAUCUUGGCAAAGGGUUGUUGACACUUUCUCCGUAUCAUUCGGAACGUUUUCUCAUGUCACCGACUGCACUCGCCGGACUUGUGGUUAUGCUGCACGCGUGUCUUGAUAUGAAGGCUAUCAUCUUGGGGAAAUAUCAUUACGUUCUAUACUUCCUUGUUCUGGCCAUGCAGCCAAGAAUGUUGCUGACGGUGGAUGAGAACCUGAAACCACUUUCCGUACCCGUCCGUGUUGGCCAAGCUGUCGAUGUCGUUGGCCAAGCAGGUCGUCCCAAGACCAUAACAGGUUUCCAGACCCACUCAACUCCUGUUCUUCUGGCCGCUGGUGACAGAGCUGAGCUCGCAACUGAGAAGUAUAUUCCCCUUUCGCCCAUUCUCGAGGGAUUCGUCAUCUUAAAAGAGAAUCCAGACUAUAAAGAAGAGAGCUGAUGCUACUGACUAGGCUGCGUAUCAUACAUGGGGGGUUAUUGGUUCUGCAUCGCGUAUUAACUGGUUUAACGGUGCAUAACUGUGCGUCUAGUUAGAGGUAUGGAUGGUCAAAAUGGCGAUGGGGCGCAAUUUCGUGCCGUUUUUAUGUUUCAUCCGUUUUUAAUGCUGGACGGUAUAAUAUACCUUAGUACACCAUUUUGAAUAUAUACAUGCACUGUUACUUGUUUUCAGCUUAGUCACGAGUAGAUUAUAUGCUUUCUCAGUAUUUAUUUUAUCUUGUAAAUUUCUUCGACAAUGAAAAUGCGAUGCGUUUGCGUUGCUCUGUAUCUGCACUUUAUAACUGAGUACUUCUUGAAUUCCCUUUU